AUGCACCUCAGCUGCUCCCGCUCCGUCCAGGGCUAUCCUCUCAACUCGUUGUUGACCAAAGACCAAUGCAGCGGCAUCGAGAGCCGCCUGUUUACUAUGCUCGGGCGACUUCAAGGCCAGGUAGCAGGCGAGUACUACCCGUUCGCGAUGAUGACUGAUGAAAUUCGCAAACGUCUUGAAGAUGAAAACGCCCUACCGGGGGAAUGUAACCGUUUUCUGUUGGCCGCUAACGCCUGCAGGGACUGGCCAACGGGUCGUGGAGUCUUCUUCAACAAGGAUCUAUCUUUCCUAGUGUGGCUGAAUAAGGCGGAUCACGUGCGUAUCAUCUCUCGCGAGGACGACGGUGACAUGCCAUCGGCCUACGGGCGUCUCGUAGACGGUCUACAGCAACUGGAGGAGAAGGUCAGCUUCUCCAAGAGCAGCCGCCUCGGCUUCGUCACGUUCAGUCCUACCGAUCUGGGCUCGGCUCUGCGCGUCUCGGUGCGACUUCGCCUUCCUCGACUGGCCAUUGAGCCGACCAAGCUGAAUGCUGCCGCCAAAAAGCUUCAGCUGCGCAUUCGGGGAACGGAGGGCGAGCAGCACAUCAUCAGGGCCGGGGUGCUGGACGUCUGUAACCGCCGCACACUUGGAAUCAACGAGAUCGACACCGUCAGGGAGGUGGUGGACGGCGUCAACGAGCUGAUCAAAAUGGAGAAAUUCUCCUAA